AUUGACUCGUCGACAAUCUCUAAUAACGUCUAGUUGACACUUGCGCACUCCCUACCGAGGUCCGUUCCGAAUUCACCGUUAUCGCGCCCAUCGGAGCUCAUCUCUGCCUACUACUGUCACUGCUACUGUUAUAUGCGAGAGAACUCGUGUCGAGACAGUCUUCAAUCAACACUUGUGGAACGGUAUCUUAUCAGCACUGUCCGACCCAGCAAAGCACGCAAUUAUAGUUGGCGGCCGCCAAAGCGAGUCCCGCUCUUGUCUCCCCCGGAUCUGAUCUGACUCUCUUCGCUACUUUUCGAGCCACUCUUCUCUUCCCUUCUCUCCUCUCCCCGCUCUCCUCCAAUUCCUCGGCCCAGCUGCCUCUAUGUUCUCUGGCCACCGCGCUGCUAUUUUCUCUACCAGAGCCAUCAAGUUCCAGCCCUCACCGGCCGUUUUCCUGCGCCCCUCGUCCACUCCCACACUACCCCGCCAGUCUCUCUUCCGAGCGAUGUCGGCCACCACGGCUCGUCCCGACCCUUUCAAACCGGCGGCCAGAGUCGCUGGCCAGAGACAGGAUGUCUGGUCCAUUGUCAAUGAGGCCGCCGCUGCCUCUCCCGUCCAGCCCAUCGUGAACAUGGGACAGGGUUUCUUUGGCUACAACCCUCCCAAGUUCGCCCUCGAUGCCGCCAAGGAGGCCCUUGACCGUGUCGACUGCAACCAAUACUCCCCCACCAAGGGACGCCCGCGUCUGAAGCAAGCUAUCGCCGAUGCCUACUCGCCUUCCUUUGGCCGGGCUCUUAACCCGGACACCGAGGUUACGAUCACCACGGGUGCAAAUGAAGGUAUGCUGAGUGCCUUCAUGGGCUUCAUCGAGCCCGGCGACGAGGUGAUCAUCUUUGAACCCUUCUUCGACCAGUACAUUAGCAACAUCGAGAUGCCCGGUGGAAAGAUCCGCUACGUCCCGCUUCACCCUCCCAAAGAUGGCGCGACGAGGACUUCCCCCGCCUCCGAGUGGACGAUAGACUUUGAGGAGUUGGAGAAUACCAUCAAUGACAAGACGAAGAUGAUUGUCCUGAACUCUCCUCACAACCCCGUUGGCAAGGUCUUCUCGCGUGCUGAGCUGGAGCGUAUCGGAGAGAUCUGCGUGAAGCACAACCUGAUCAUCCUUUCUGACGAGGUCUACGACCGCCUCUACUACGUCCCUUUCACCAGAAUCGCUACCCUGUCUCCCGAGCUCUACGAGCGCACUCUCACCGUCGGCUCUGCGGGCAAGGCCUUCUACGCCACUGGCUGGCGAGUAGGAUACCUCAUCGGCCCCGAGCACUUGAUUAAGUACGUGGCCGGCGCGCACACCCGCAUCUGCUACAGCAGUGUGUCUCCUCUCCAGGAGGCUGCCGCCGUUGCCUUCGAGCAGGCCGACAAGGUCGGAUUCUGGGACGAGAGCCGGGCUGAGAUGAAGAAGAAGAUGGAGCGUUUCUGCGAAGUCUUUGACGAGCUCAAGAUCCCCUACUCGGACCCCGAGGGAGGCUACUUCGUUCUUGCCAACAUGUCUUCGGUGAAGCUUCCUGAGGACUACCCAUUCCCUCCUCACGUCGCCAGCCGCCCUCGCGACUUCAAGCUGUGCUGGUUCCUGAUCCACGAAGUCGGUGUGGCAGCCAUCCCUCCCACCGAGUUCUACACCGACGCCAAUGCGCACAUCGCCGAGGACUAUCUCCGCUUCGCUGUCUGUAAGAACGACGACGUGCUGGAGACGGCCAAGGAGAGGCUGCGCGGCCUAAAGAAGUAUAUUGCAUGAGCGUUUCAACAUGUUUGAUUAAUGUGACGGGCUAGCAUAGAGCGGGAAUCUGAUAUUGCCUUCAACGGCUGGUUCAACACUACUAUAUAGGAAGAAUUAGAGGACCUUAAAAGGGCUGGUUGGCACAGAAUUCAAUUUC